AUGCUGCUUGCGCAAGUCACGCAGCAGCGGUACAUUGUGCACGACGCCAAGGUGCGUGCCCUGUCCCAGGAGGAGAAGCUCCGGCUGCGCUCGGAUCGCAAGCGCCUCGACAUUCGCGAAGAGUACUUUUCGCGCGCGGAUGAGCUCGACGACUGGGAGCCCCAGCGCGUCGCGCGCCCCGAGGGCAUGCCCGAGUGGGGCGGCGUCCCCGCCGCCGCGCCGGCCGGCCGCGAGGCUGUCGACGCGGACCUGUCGCCGCAGUCGCGCUCGUCGUUCUUUGCGCGCCGCGGCCCGAUCGAGGCGGAGGAGCGCGCGCCGGGCGAGCACGACGCGGCCCCUGCGCCGCCCCGGACGAAGCCGGCCGUCGUCCUGGGGCCCGAUGGCAAGCCGUGCCGCGCGUGCCAGACGAAGCUGGCGUUCGGCGCCGCCCUGCGCUCUGCGCAGCGGCCCAAGGCCGACGACGCGUGCCCGCCGGACGUGGAAGAGCUCGGCCGCGCCACAUGGACGUUCCUGCACUCGGCCGCCGCCUACUACCCUGACGCGCCGUCCGACGAGCAGCGCCGCGCGAUGCACGCCAUGCUGGACGCCCUGCCGAACGUGUACCCGUGCUCGUCGUGUGCGAGCGAGCUGCGCGUGGCGUACGAGCAGCCCGACAGUAACGCCAGCGCGCGCGCGCGCGCCGUCGCGAGUGGGCCGGCCCUGCGGCAGUGGCUCUGUGAGCUGCACAAUGGCGUGAAUGCACGUCUACAGAAGCCCCUGUGGGACUGCAGCGACGCGACGCGUCUGCGAUACCGGUGGUACGAGCCGCCCGAGGACAAGGAGUGCUAG